UUGAUCUUUCUGUAGUGCAUGUGUCGAUUUUCGCGGAGCUUCUGAGAGAGUCCAGGAGAAGAUUUCAUCAUUGCGCCCAUUGACAGAAACAAACUGUAUCGUUGGAAUCAUUUCUUCCCAAGAAUGCACCAGAAGAGAUAUGAUCCGUCGUCUCUUUCACGAGCCACGAGAAAAGGAAGCACCUGAGAUCGAUAGAGAUAUAUAGAUGCCAUGCAAGCGGUAGAGAAGCUGCAACCUCGUGGAAAGAAGGAAGCGGUGUCUGUCGAUAGAGCUAUCGUCUAGGGACUUUCUUGAUCUUUAGCAACAUGGCCGAAGGAGAGAAGGAUAAGCGCAGCGGCAAAGAAAAGGUUCGCGAAAAUGGGGUUUGCACCGAUGCACCCGCAAACCCCGUUGUGGAAGAUGACGUAGAACAUGAUGACCACUGCGACGAUCUGAAAAAUCCCCAGCUUCCGGGAUGGUUUGCUGAGUACAGUCCCUUGUGGCCAGGACAAGCACACUUCCUGAAGAUCGAGAGGGUGUUAUUUGAAGGGAAGUCUCAAUACCAACACAUGAUGGUACUUGAGUCAACAGCAUAUGGGAAGGUUUUUGUCCUUGAUGGUGCACUUCAGCUAACUGAGAAGGACGAGUGUGCAUACCAAGAAAUGAUUACUCACCUCCCUCUUUGCUCCAUCCCUAACCCUCGAAAGGUAUUGCUCAUUGGUGGAGGAGAUGGAGGUAUUCUAAGGGAGAUCUCCCGUCACUCUUCAGUCAUACACAUAGAUAUAUGUGAAAUGGAUAUGAUGCUUAUCGAUGUGUAUCGAGAAUUCUUCCCGGAGGUCGCAGUCGGAUAUGAUGACCCACGCGUAGGGCUUCAUGUAAUGGAUGGAAGAGAAUUCUUGAGGUCGGCAGGGGUGGGUACAUACGACGUGAUCAUAGUAGACGCAUUCGACCCAAUAAGGCCAGAACAUGAGAUUUUCGGGAGUCCGUUCUUCGAAAUGGUGGUGAAAGCAUUGAGGGAUGGAGGAGUGAUGUGCAUUCAAGCAGAAAGCCUGUGGUUUCCCUCUCUCAACCUCCCACAACUCAUCCACACUUUCCGGAAUAUAUUCAAAGGAUCCGUCAACUAUGCCUGGACACCGGUUCCUGCAUACCCUAGCGGGGUGAUUGGUUUCUUGCUGUGCUCGACGGAGGGACCCCAUGUGGACUUCACCCGACCUGUGAAUCCAUUAGACCAUCAAGAUGCCACAAACUCCUUUGGUGUAGCUAAACAGCCGCCCAAGUUUUACAACGCAGAGAUACACUCAGCUUCGUUCUGUUUGCCAUCAUUCGCGAGGGAUCGUCUUUGACUCCAGAUCGCUUCAAUGGAACACCGGAAGGCUCUAGUCACACCAGACGAACCAAGAUACGAUUGUUUGCCAUAGUCCAAGCAUCAGUCCGACAAAAAUGUCCCUUUAUCUUCUCAGACAUGAUCAUGUUGUUGUUUCAAGUGGGCUUGUAUCAUUGGAAAAGCCAAGACUAGAAUGUUUUUGCGUGUGUGGGGUUUGUUAGGGGAGCUAUUGUCGUUGGAUUACUUCCACAGAAAGACAUAAUCAUUCAUUCA